AUGAGAUCGUAUGUCAAAGCUCUCGAAGAACGAGUCGCAGAGUUAGAGACCAGCCUGUACUCCGGGGGCCAGGUGGAAGCCUCGAACGACCACUGGAAGGCCGGGGAACCACAGCCAGCGGUCGAUUACUGGGAUCGUGAAUCAGAAGACAUAGCCGUCGACUCUCUGUCGGCUGCAGUACGGGAUUUGUCCCUGAAUGCAUGCGGGUUCUAUGUAGGCGGCAGAUCCAACUUCACACUCGGACGCCUGCUUGCAUCCGUCCUUCACGACUAUCCACGCAAAGUCGGCAGCUUUCCGCCAGACUUGAGAGAGAACUUCGUAACUGACGAUUCCAUCCACCAUUCCGGCAACCCCAGCGACAGUGGCGACGGUCGCAAUAAGUCCGACGCGCUCUUCGGCAGGUCUGGUGCAGAUGAGGUGUUCGGAGCGUACAUGAAAUACAUCGCAGUCCGAUAUCCCAUUUUACCUUCUAUCCUCCUGAGCCGUCUGCAUCAGAAUCGACAGAAGCUCGAAAACCCUUUUGACAUCUCUGUGCUUCACCUGGUUUACGCCAUUGGCGAGAGAUCACUCGAGCUGGCUGGGCAAUCCCACUGUGCUUCCCUCCCUGAAGAGCACUACGAAGCGGCCAUGAGUCGGAGAGAAGUUAUUAUGCAAUACGCCGAUCGCAGGUCAAUAGCCUACCUAGCACUGGCUUCAAUAUACUGCCUGCGUGCGCCACGAACCCCGGGACCAUGGAUCAUAAUAGGGCAUGCGAUGAAGAUGUGCAUCUCCUUGGGACUCCAUAAGAAAUCCAACAAGGGCAUUAUAAGCUACCACCACGAGUUGGAUCAGCGCCUGUUCUGGAGCUGCUAUUGUCUGGAUGUGGAUGCAACCAUUGCAUCGGGGAGCCCACCUUCCAUUACCAAUCGAGACAUUGAUGCCGCCCUUCCGUUGGAUGUGGACGAAGCCAACACUUCUUUUCAAGCGCUUCACGCUGCAGCAGUGUGCCAGCAAUCUAAUGCCCCGACACGAACACCGACAACGUUGACAUGGUCCAUCCUCGAGAUCAAGAUGAAGAGAAUCAUUGCAUCUAUCCAACACGAGAUCUAUCGCGUCGACACUGACGUGAGCCCGUCUCGCGAACUGAUCAAUGACUUAUUGGAAGCUCUUGAAAAAUGGAAAGCCGAAGCAACUUCGCAGUCAAGCGCGGCUACGCAAAACCAAUCCUUGGGCGGGUGGCUGAUCGGUCCCAACGCCCGCUUAGUACUAAAUCAUUUACAUAACAUCCAGUAUUGUGCGGGCGUCCGCCUCCUUCUCUUCCCUCAACUGGCCGAAGCGACCGUCUACCGACCCUAUAUAGAGCGCUGCGCCACCGCCUGCAUCUCAAUAAUUUCAUCUUGUAAGGCCAUCCAUGCGACUUCCGUGCCGUGCUGCUACUCUCCAGCAGACAUCCAGUGCUUGUUUCUCUCCGGGCUGACUCUGAUAUACUGUCUGAGUCUCGCGCCGGGGAUCAAACCCAGAAGCAUCGUUCAAAAUGCCCUCAUGGACUGCACCAUCAUCUUAUACGUCAUGUCAGAGCGCUGGCACGAGGGAAAGAGAUAUUGGGAUGCUUUUGAGCACAUCAAGACCGUCACAGAUGACAUGAUGUCCCACAACGAACCGACCAGCCGAGGCGAUGGUCCAGUCGUGCGAACAGAAAGGCAUUCGAACGCCGACACCUCGGUGCAGAAGCCGGAAACUGCUGCUCAGAGCUUCAGCGGCAUGCUGAAUGACAUUAUAGCAUGUCCAGAUGGGACAGGGAACGAGCAUGCUUUUGGAAGGGUGCUCAACUACGAGCCAUCGACCAACGCCUGUCAGGCUGACGACAUUUACGAUUUUGACAUGAUCCAGCGAGUUGACGCGCCCGUUUUCGCUCCCGAUUCCAUGGCCGAAACAGGCACGUCCCGUCCGAAUCGGCCGCUAUUCGCCUUCCAACAGGAGCUGUCGGCAUUCCAAUCUGAUCCAUUUGGUACUGCUGAAGGUUUUGAUCCGGAAUUGCCCGUUGAAGCAGAUUCCGAAUGGUUCUAUUCAUCAUCACACUGA